UUUGCACGGGGAGCAGCGUGAGUACCUCUGCCUGCACGCUUGAGUGUGGGAGGAUGGGGAAAUCAGGAGGGAUCACCGCGGGGUCGAUCCCCGACCCGGUGCGCAGCUUCGAGCGCUGGAAGAAGAAAUACGCCCAGCGCAAGAACAAGCUGCGGCUGCAGCGCAAACAGAAGAAGCGGCCCGAGUGGGAGGUGGAGAGGGAGGCGAUCGCCCGCCUGGAGCAGCGCUACUCGGAGAUAAAUGCAAAUGAAGUAGUAAGGUUUUCAGAUUUCCCUCUAUCCAGGAAGACACUAAAAGGUUUGCAGGAAGCUCAGUAUCGCAUGGUGACUGAAAUCCAGAGGCAGACCAUUGGUUUGGCGUUACAAAAUAAAGACGUGCUAGGAGCUGCAAAGACUGGAUCAGGCAAAACCUUGGCUUUCAUUGUACCUGCUCUGGAAAUCUUGUAUCGCCAGCAGUGGACUUCCACGGACGGGCUGGGAGUUUUGAUAAUAUCACCAACCAGAGAGUUGGCCUAUCAGACAUUCGAGGUCCUGCGGAAGGUGGGGAAGAAUCAUGACUUUUCGGCAGGGCUCAUCAUUGGUGGAAAGGACUUGAAAGAAGAAUCGGAGAGAAUCCACAAUAUAAAUAUACUGAUAUGUACGCCUGGCCGGCUUUUACAACACAUGGAUGAAACCUCAUAUUUUCAUGCCUCUAACCUGCAAAUGUUGAUACUUGAUGAAGCUGACAGGAUUUUGGACAUGGGCUUUGCUGAUACGAUGAAUGCAAUCAUAGAAAACCUUCCCAAGAAACGCCAGACGCUGCUUUUCUCAGCAACACAAACCAAAUCUGUGAAGGACCUGGCACGACUCAGCUUGAAAGAUCCAGAAUAUGUCUGGGUACAUGAAAAGGCAAAGUUCAGCACCCCAGCAACUUUGGAACAAAACUAUGUCGUUUGUGAGCUGCAUCAAAAAAUCAACAUGUUGUACUCCUUUUUGAGAAGUCAUCUGAAUAAGAAGAGUAUUGUAUUCUUUGCAAGCUGCAAAGAGGUUCAAUACCUAUUUAGAAUGUUCUGCCGCCUUCGUCCCGGCCUGCCUAUACUGGCACUUCAUGGCAAACAGCAGCAGAUGAAAAGAAUGGAAGUCUAUAAUGAUUUUGUGCGCAAGAAAUCAGCCGUUCUCUUUGCUACGGAUAUUGCCGCUCGGGGGCUGGAUUUCCCUGCUGUGAAUUGGGUCAUUCAGUUUGAUUGUCCAGAGGAUGCAAAUACUUACAUUCACAGAGCUGGAAGAACAGCCAGGUACAAAGAAGGUGGAGAAGCUUUGCUCAUCCUUCUUCCUUCAGAGGAAAAAGGCAUGGUUCAGCAGCUGUCGCAGAAGCAAGUUCCUAUCAACAAAAUCAAAAUCAACCCUGAGAAGCUUGUGGACAUCCAGAAGAAAAUGCAGUCUUCUUUAGCUCAAGAUCAAGAGUUGAAAGAGAGAGCUCAGAGGUGUUUUGUUUCCUAUCUGCGAUCCGUCUACCUAAUGAAGAACAAAGAAGUAUUUGAUGUAUUCAAGCUACCUGUGACUGAAUAUGCCCUCUCCCUUGGACUUGCAGUGGCUCCUCGUGUGAGAUUUCUUCAGAAGGCCCAGAAGAAAAUGCUUGGAAAUGACCCUGAGAAAGAAGUCCUAUUAGGGGGGACAGAUCACCCUGAAGAAGCACCUUCCUCUUUUAGCGGUGAAGAGGUAGAGAAAUGCAGAGCACUCUUAAGUGAGACGGUGACAUUAGCAGGAGAGGAGAUCAGAGAGCUUCCUAGAAAAGACAAUGGAAUGGAGGAAGACGCAUUGCCGGGACAGUCAGAGUCAGAAGAAGAGCCACUAAUGUGCAAGGACUUGAAAACUCCAUCUGUGCAGUUCUUUGACGAUGACGACGAGGACACAAAGGACGUCGACGUGCUGACUGUAAAACGACGGAACGUCUUUGGCUUGGAAUCCAGAGGCAACGUAGCAUUGAGCCCAUCAGAAUCAAAACUGAAGAAGAAAAUAACUAAGACGAAAGAAGCUAAAAAAGUAUUGAAGAGAAAAUUCAAAGUUAACACAAAAAUUGUAUUUACGGAAGAUGGGGAGUUAAUCCAGCAGUGGCCACCAGCUCAGAAGUCUGUUCAGAAUAAAGCAGAAGAGGAUGAUGAUUCUGGAGGAAUCAAUCUAGAAAGAGCAAAAGAAAGAUUGCAGGAAGAGGACAAGUUUGACAAAGAAGACUAUAGGAAAAAAAUUAAAGAAAAACACAGGGAGAAAAGGUUAAAAGAAAAGGCAGCGAGAAGGGAAGCCAGGAAGAGAAAUGCAAAGGAUGAAGAGGAAGAAGUGGCCUUUUUGGACUGCAGUGACAGUGAUGAUGAAUUUGAUCCAAGCACCCUUCCCGACCCUGACCAAUACAGAGAGACUGACCAAGAGGAUGAUCCUGAAAGCUCUGGCGGGCUUGGAAUGGGCGAACAACAGUUUGGUGGAAGCAGAACAACAGUGGCAGCAGCGCCAAAAAGAAAGAAGAUGAAACUUAGCCAAGAGGAUUCAUUUGCAUCAUUAGACACAGGCCUUUCUCUCGCAGAGGAUGAAGCAUUAGUAUUGCAGUUGCUCAGCGGUCGCAGCUAAUUAUUCCUCCUCCACUCUUGUUCCUGGGCCACAAAUGCAACUAAUGAACUGAAUGCCUCUGGAUGUUGAUGGAUAAUUUUCAUGCAUUGCGGACUUGACAGAGAUACUGGUAUUUCUUACCAAAUGACUCAUGGUCAGACUGGUUGGUUAAUUAGUUAAUUUUAUACUUUUUAAAGAUCUAGACUUUCUCAUCUUUCUGUCCUUUUCUUAAAAACCACCUCACCCCUGAUGGAACUCUGAAGGUGGUGGUGGGGGAAUGUUUGGGGAAAGUUUUGAUUUAUAAUAUUGGUUUGUAUACAAAGACUUUGAUGUCAAGACCAUGAAUUUUUUUCCUGUCUUAGCAAGCUUUCCUAUGCAGUAAAAAGACUGAGAAGAGCUUUAUUGAUGAAUAAGUAUUGGUAAAUACUUGUUAUGGUGUACAAAACAUACUCCUUAGGUAUCACUGCAAUGUGAUGGUUAAGCUUUAAUUAUACAUUCUGAAACUUUGGAAUAAAUUUUACUUGUCUUUGCUCU